CCACGUUUUUUUCCGGAGGAUAAACUGGGAACUGAUCGAGUCGAAGGCAGUACAACCACCAUUCCGACCACCUGUUGUAAGUGUUUAAACCGUCGCUUUAGGUUUGUUUGUGUCUGGCCGUUAUGUGGGUAGGCUUGGUCGUACGAGGGCUUUCGCGGUCCACCUGGACUUCCGAAGAAGUUCCCUCAAUAUCCUAGAUUGCUUGCUUUGAACUGAAUAAAGCGAGUGAGAAGAGGUCACUAAUUGGCCCUCGGUGUCAGAAAUAUCUGCAUGUUAGCUCAUUUUAUUACUAUUUAACUGAAUAUAUGCUACAGUGUGUUGUUGCGCGGAAUACUAUGGCGGCACCGAUAUUGAUUUUAGGCCACUGACAUCCUGAGUGCUGUUCAACUGUGUCGAUUACCUAAAAGCACCCCCGCACCCAAAUGACACUGACAUCCAGUUUGCGCUGAUGGCGGAAACUAUGAAAAGGGACCAACAUUGUGCGUCAAAUCCCGACUUUCUAUGAUAACCACUUGCUCUCACGGGAAUGUAGUGACUUUGGCGUGUAUACUGAGAGAAGACAUGGGAGAGUCUACCUACGGAAUGCUUUUCGAGCUAAUGGGCAGUCCACCUCAUUUAUCGAGUAGCGCUAAUUGAUCACCGGAGAGACAGUCAUAAGUCUUGAGGAUUGUCAUCUAGGCAAAAAGAUUCCUAAGGGAGUCUUCCGCUUGGCGAAACGUCUAGGGAUGCGUGUGACGCAUCCGUAUCCAGAAGCCGUGAGCCAAGUACACUCUGACUUCCCGCAAGAGUUCUGUUGCUGUCUAUUUAUGAUUGUUAACCGAAAUUCGCAAACACCAAUUAGCAAUAGGGGGGGAGAUGACUAAAGCACAGACCAUACCUACGACUUCCUCAGUACUAGCUUCUUGAGUAGGGAACAGUGCGAAGAAAAUGGUUUACUUCCUAAGCCUGUUUUUGAAACGCUAGUCAAGUAGACCCCUGGCCGCCUAUUUGGCUAUGCAUUAUUACCUCAGAUAGGGAGAAUGGACGCGAAAGAGAGGUAGAACACACAAUCAGCAAGACGGUCUCCCAUAUUUCUGUAUCUACGAGUGCUGAUUACGACUAGGAGGAAUCAGACAAUGCCAUUCGAGCGUCAUCAAGAUAAGGGCAAUGGAUGGGAAAAAAUGUCGUCGGCAAGCAGCCGCCCCUUGUAGAGAUCGUCUGCAUGCUUCUAUGAUUCGCUUAUCCCCAUGAAUAUGACUAAGAUUGAAACGGCUUCAACAGGGGAUAUAUACGGUCGGCGGAAUGCUAUCGGCGAAUGAGAAAAAGUGUGUUAAACUAAGACGUGCUUCAAACAAGAGUGUCAUACAGUAGGUGGGCUAACUCAAGAAAUGUCAACCGAAAUUCCGAAAUGCGUUUUCGUUUCGAAACGACUAAUUAAGUAGGGUUGUUAAACUAGUAAGCGUGCAACAUAAUUUUAUAAUAUUUCAGUUACCACGGGAUGUCGGCUUUUCAAUGAAUUUCCUUCUCGUUGCAUGCGAAAACAACGCUCGGUAAAAACGACUACUUAAGUAGCAUGCAUUUUUCUCAUUGAUUUUCGCUGCCCCUAAAAUUCCAAUUACAUUCCAUGGAAAACAUGCAUAAAAAUAUUCACUCGUUUGCUCAUUCGGUAGACAGUUACGUCUUCUAAUUCUAUCCUCGAAGGAGGGACAUAAUUCGGUGUUAAAAAAGUUUUCCAAUUCCCGAAUAAUUUUGAGCCAGCUCAAUCGUCACACUUGGAUUCAGGGUUUCCAAACUACAAGCCGUAUGUUUUCCGCGUACGGUAAACCACACUUUUCUCUACGGUAAUAAAGGGGGACCGUAUAGGGUUCAUAAAAGUAAGCAGUGGAUUUGAUCCAUAUUUUUAACUUUACGAGCUACACUGGUAAAUACAGAGACAUGACGAUUUAUGAACGGCCAUUUCACGGUACUUAAAAGUCCCACAGUAAGAAACUUUUUUAUGACUCAUUGCAGAAUUAUGCUGCAUGAUGAUUAUGUUUAAAACCCUAGUUAAUUAGUCGUUUUGAAACGAAAAUUCAUUUCGGAAUUUCGGUUGACAUUUCAUGAGUUAGCCCACCUACUGUAAAUAUACAAUGCUAGAUUAACCGCAAAUGAUGUCUAUUGUGCUCCUGUAAUAUUCACUAACCGUUCUAGACCUUUGGACUAGAGUCAAUCUUUGAAACGGGUGGGACAGUUUUUAUUUAUCAAAGUCUCUCACACCAGUCGGCACCAUAAAGGAAAAAUGCUCUAAGGACGUUUUUCCAAUAACACCUUUGCAUCAAAAGGCCAGCCUAACUGGCUCAUCUUUUAUAUCGUCUCGUCAAAAACGGUAACCAUUCUAAAAGUGCCUAAUUUGGUCUUCAAUAUUCAGUUAGUGAUUUCAACCAAUUUACCGGUGACAUUUGAAAAUAGGCUUUUCAGACUGAUUGGUGCCGAAUCACUGGGUUGGCCGUCUCUUUUUGUAAGACAUCCGAUUUUAUCCAAGUUUCUAAUCAGCUGAUUAAUAGGAGGUCGAUAUUCCAGAAGAGCAAUGCUCAAUUUGCACCCAAAAGGCUGGUUUUGAGUCCGACAUAAAUGUGCCUGUCGGUCCCAUUUGCCCAGCUUUGACUAAUGGUCGUGAAUUUGGGAAUUCACGAUUCUUUUGACCCCCACUGUUCAUUUACAAGUCUCCUCGUGGAUGCACUGCCAAAAGUCUGCUUCACUGUCAAAAUAUAACUUGAGAUCGUUGUCGAGUUUCGUGUUCCUUUGCGCUGAAGGUCACUCUACAGUCUCAACUUCAGAGUUUCUUUCAUUUUAUCAAUAGAUCACAAGUUUUAAAAACGCUGAUUAUCCGUUUUUUUCAGUAGGUGGGCUUACUCAUGAAAUGUAAGCCGAAAUUUCGAAAUGCGUUCACGUUUCGAAAAUAUUAAUUAAGUAGCGUUGUAAAAAUAAUCAUCAUGCAGCAUUAUUCUAUAAUAAUCCAGUAACCUCGUGGUGUAAGCUUUCGAAUGAACUCCUUUCCGACUGCAUGCAAGAUCUAUACUCCUCGAAAAAACUAUUUAAGCAUAUGCAAUUGUCACAUUGCUUUUCGAUGCCCUUAAAAGUUUAAUUAUAUUUCAUGAACAAAAUGCAUAAAAAUAUUCAUUCUUUUACUUAUUUGGUAGAAAAGUACGCCUUCUUUCAAGUUUAAACUCGAAGGAGGGGUAUAAUUCGGUUUUGAAAACUGUUCUAAUUCCCGAAUAAUUCUGAACCCGACCUGUUGUUAUACUUGCAUUCAGACGUAAGUUUCUAACGAAUAUGUAAAAGAAUGAAUAUUUUUUAUGCAUUUUAUUCUUAAAAUAUAAUUGAACGUUUAAAGGCAUCGAAAAACAAUGAGAAAAUUGCAUGGUACUUAAGUAGUCAUUUUUGCGUUUACGUUUCGAAAAGAUUAAUUAAGUAGGGUUGUAAAACUGACCAUCGCGCAGCAUAACCCCAAAAAAAUUAGUUGCCUCAGGAUGCCGGUUUUCGAAGGAAUUUAUUUCCGGUUGUAUUCAAAACCACACUCUGUAAAUGGUGACUACUUAAGUAGCAUGCAUUUUUCUCACUGAUUUUCGACACUCUUAAAAUUUUACUUAUAUUUCACGGGAAACAAAAUUUUCAUUCUUUUGCUCUUUCGGUAGAAAAUUACGUCCUCCUCCAAUUUUUUACCCGAAAGAAUUGAAUCAUUCGGUUUUAAAUAAGUUUAAAAUUAUGCGAUUUUUAAUACCGUGAAAUGACUGUUCAUAAAACUUCAUGCCUCUGCAUUUACCAGUGUGGAUAGUGAAGUUAACAAUUUCUGCUCAAAUUCAAUGCCAAAUUCGAUUAACCCUUAUACAGUCUUUUCUUAAUACCGUAGAGAAAUGUCUGGGCUUCCGUACGGGAAAAAUAUACGGUUUGUAGUUUGGAAACCUUGACUACGAUUGUGCCGGCAAGUCAGGGUUCAAAACUAUUCGGGAAUUGGAAACCUUUUAAAAAAUGGAAAAAGACCCUUCCUUUGGGCAUAAAAUUGAAAUACAAAUUAGCAAAAGAAUGAAUAUUUUAUGCAUGUUUUUCAUGAAAUAUAAUUGAAUUUUUUAGGGCAACGAGAGUCAAAGAAAAAAAUGUAUUCUAAUUAAGUAGUCAAUUUUGCGGAGUUUGCUCUUUGCCUGCUGCCGGAAAGGAGUUUUUUUCGAAAGCCAGGUUCCUGAGGUAACUGAAUUAUAACAGCAUAAUGCUGCAGGAUUAUCAGUUCUACAUCAUUACUUAAGUAAUCCUUUCGAAAAGAAAACGCAUUUCGAAAUUUUGGUCGACAUUUCCUCAGUAAUUCUACCUACAGUAUAUCCAGGCCAGUGUUUUGCGAAAUCAAGAGGACUCCUUUCUAAUGAGACAAAAGCAAACCCGAGUUCGUUCUACAGAAAAUACAGGAUAUUUACAUAGGAACCCUUGCUAGCAAAUGAGAAUGCAUUUUCUUAGAUGGUUUCUAUAAGAUUUGAAUGAAUUUAAACCACAUAUACAGCCCUGACGGUGUCUUGACAACUGCGCACUCCAAAUGCAGUGAUUGCUUCUUAUUUUGCAUGUGGCCAUGGGAGUUUCAAACAAGGGCCGAUAGGUAAGAUUAAGUCGUUCGGGCUCGCAUUAUUUUUUCUAUGAAUUAAUAUCAUAACUCUCAAAAUUGAGCACCUUUUACUUCCGAGGCAUUUUCAAAAGUUUCACACAUUUUUCUCUCGUCUCCCGCAUCUGUCCACUGCUGUUUUUGAUCUGACUUUUCACGAUGCCAAUUACUAGCCGAUUUUGCCAGGAUUUACGAUACAAUGUAAGGGCAUUGUCAGGCGUCAGUCUUGUGUAACAAAACGUCAGCAGAGAAUCCGUACACUUUGGCUGAGAGACCACUUACACGGCCAAAUUGGCUGGGAUUACGGAGUGGCCGAUGCGAGCAACAAGGUUGAAAGACACAAGGGAAUUUGGGUUGAAAAGUUCGCGAGAUCCAGAAAGCAGGACUGAUUUGCAGACUAUCGAGUCAUGCAUCUUGCUAGUCUUUGGGCAUGAGCGAGCAAUCACAAAUUUCUCUCGCCCAAAGCUUGAGGUCUGAACGCAGUAAUUGCAGAGGGCUUAAAAUCGGUAUAAAAUAGUGCUUAAAGUACAUUGGGUGACCUAACUGCUGAAAGGUGUCGAAGUUUACAAACGGGUGCCACUCACUCGCAAACCGGCAAAAAUGCAAGGACCCAAUAUCUGUAAAAAUAAAGAACAACGUUGGGGAAACCGAAAACGUAAAAAAAUAUUAAACGUAAUUUUUCCUUUUUUAGAACAUUUAAUUCUUCAGAAAAACGAAAAAGUCCGAAAACGGUAAAAUGGCUGCAACUGAAAUAACUUCAUUUUAGAUACACAGAAGGCUUCUUCAUGCAAAAACUGAGUAAUCAAGAUAGUACGCGUAUAAUAACGUUUGAUAAUAGUCUUUUCAGUGAAUUUCAAAUUUAAAUAUUCUUACAAUUAGCACCAGACAAAAACAAUUUUUAAGUGCGGCUAACUUUGUUUAGCAAAACGCUUAUGUACAACUUACUCUCUUCUCAGAGGAAAACGCUCUCAGAAGCGAAAACGAAGUCUGGGAAAGGUACCAGCGUAUGUAAUUUGCCAAAUAUAUCGCAAUAUCCAUAGUCACUCAGAUUUAUCAAUUUUUUACCUUUUAAAAUAAUUUAGGCACAUUUCCACACGAGAAAACGACAUUUGCCGGAAGGUGCAAGACAAGUGAACAAAGUGCUUAACGCUUAAGGUGUCUAAAAAUCCCAGGUCUCGUCACCAAGUUUUAUGAGUUAGUUCACGCACGGUAUAAUACAGCGAGACGACAGUAUUCGUAUUUGUCCUCUAUACAUAUAUGUCUAGUAAGACUGACUUAUAUGGCCCCCUAAACAGGAAAUGAGAAAAGGAACCGCCUGCAGUACGGGUGGCUUCGAGCCAGCCUCCAGUGAAAUUAGGGUUAAGACUAAGUUUAAGGCUAGAUUUGAAGUUAACGGUAAGGCAAGUCAGGAUCAAGCUGAAGACUAAGGUAGGGACUAGUGUUGACUGCAGAGCUAAGGUUUGGGGUAGAGUUGGGGUCAGGAUUAGGGCAACCGCUUAGUUUUACACAAGGAUUAUUGUUGGGGUUGGGACACGGGAAUCUUUUGUCGUUUCUAGAAUUAUGCGCAGGUUCGCCCUUAUAACCUGGGCGGGGUGUUCCUAUUCGCACGUUCUCUUUAGGGGGCUAUUUAAGCCAGUCCUGCCGAAAUUAUAUCGAUUUGAAAGCUGCAUAAACAAGAUUCUCAAGGACAAAUAAAGACGACUCUAGUCAGUCGUGACCGGAUGAUGGGAUGCGAUAGAGAUAUGUUGGCGCAGACUAGCUAAUCAUAGAAGUGUUAUGACCGGCUAAAACGUUCAAUGGUUUUAGCAAUGAUUAUACGUCUGACGUUGAGCUGAAAAAUCAGAUUGGAUGCUUUCAAAACAAGUUUCAUCUUGUUACCAAAGAUCUUCUACCGUUUAUUAAUAUACAUACAGUUAGUGACUGAUCUCAUGAAAUGAUGACCGCAAUUCUGAAAUGCAUUUUCGAUUAGGAGGAGUUUACGGGGGUGAGGUUGUAAUAUUUAGCAUGCGGCAUAAUCCUAUAAUAUUUCGGACUCAACAGGAUGUCGGCUUUUGGAUACGCUUUUUUGCAACCUGUAAAAACCGCGUUCAGUGAAAAUGACCACAAGUAGUAUGCGUUUUUCAAACUGAUUUUUGAUGACAGCAUAAAUUCAAAUGCAAAUAUAUCCCAUGUAAAACAUGCACCUAACGUGUUCUUUCUACCACAUUUGGAAACGGGUCACGCCAUCUUCACACUUAUUACUCGGAGAAGAGUCAAGUUUAGGUUUUGAUGAUAGUUUUCCGGUUCACCAAUAAUUUUAAGCCAGAUCGGCCGUUGCAUUAGCGUUUGGCGAUUACAGUUCACAAGGGGUAUACUUUCCACGUAAGAAAAAUCACACUCCUCUAUGUAUUUAGUAAGAGGCUAUGUUAAGUUAAGAAAAUUGGGCAAUGGAUGCAAACUAUGUUGUAUACUGUAUGAGUAGCGUUCAUAAUGUACAAGCAAGAUGCUGAGUGAAUGGUUAUUACAGAGUCUUCAAAAACCCCACAAUUAGAAACUUUUGAAACCGAAGGACGCUCUUUCUUCUAGUAAAAGAUGUAAAUUUGACGUUUUAUGCUGCCAGAUAAGUAAAAGAAAGCAUAUUUUUGUGUACGUUUUCUAAAAAAAUAUACCUGACCUUAUAAGGCUACCGACAAGAAAGGUAAAAAAUAUAUGUCACGUAAGUAAUCAUUUUUCCCGAAUGCGCUUGUUGCAGGUCAAAAUGAGUGCCUUCGAAAGGCAACAACCUGGCGAGUUCGAGGUAUUGUGGGAUUAUGCCGCGCGAUAAUCAGUGUUGUAAUCCCACCUAAGUAAUUCUUCCUAAUCGAGAACAUAUUUCAGAAUUUCGGCUUACAUUUCAUCAGAUCGGUCACCCACCGUACAUGCAGGCAUAAUAAGAACGCCAAAUGUGUGGCUAAAGUUUGCGUCGGUAUGAUUUUACGGUGAGUGUGAUCGACUGCAUACGACAUGCAACACUUAAACUCUUUUUCUUGUGUAACUGUUGGCUGCACAACAUUCCACCUCCAUCAGGACUCGUUGAAUUAUACCACACCAAGAAAUCAGCAACCUAUUUAACCAGUUGAGGUAUAGUAAACGAGUUGACGUGCUACUUGCAGGUCGCACAAGGCCUUUUCAAUUUUUCCCUCUUAAAUGACAGACUGGCAAACGUGAUAUAAGCAACUUCGACCCUGCGUUCACUGAGAUGUCCACGGAGUUCACGCCUACCGACAAGCUCUUCAUCAUGAACUUGACACAGACAGAGUUCGCCGGGUUCUCCUUCGUCAAUCCCGAAUUUGUGGUGGAGGUUUGA